UAGAUAAUAUUGAGAAAAUAAUUCAUAUUUUCUGAAUUUUAUUCUUCUUGAUUUGUUCUUUUACUCUCCUGACUCCAGAAAUAAUAAUUGAUUUCAAUAAACUGUUACAUAAAUCUCUCAAAUAUGGGAAAGUUCUCAAAAAGGAAGAAGAGUUUUUAUUUGCCACCAAACAAGAAGCAGCGUUUAGAUACCAUCAUAGGCAGCGUGGGGUACUUGGCUACAUGCAACACACACGAGGAUGUCUGUGUCAAAGAAGGCUACUCGUUGCUCAACUGCUUCGCUGACAAGUUGUACGGGCCAGAACAGAUUGCUGGCAGUGAAGCUCCCGAGGCAGAUGAAGUACAGGAUGCUGAAGUUUCCGAUACCGAGGAAGAUGCUGAUGCCGCUUUACAGAAAGAAGUCGCCAGAUUGCAAACUGCAUCACAGUCUGUAAACCAGAAGGGUAAUGCAGUACAACGCCGUUUUCAGUCAAUUCGUUGUGGUGCUGCAAACAACGUUUUCUUCCGCACCACAUUAGCCGAUCCUUUACCUACCCUACUCGCCGCCAUGGACGACAUCCUACAGACCAAAUUGGCACGCACGAAGCAUCUUAUCCGAUUGCUGCCGGUGCAUGCGGUAUGUAAGGCGUAUCUUGACAAGAUAGAAAAAGCUCUCGCUGCUCUCUGUACUGAAAAGUUUGACGGUUCACAGAAAAGCUUCUAUGCGGUAAUCAAAGUGAUGAGCAAUAGUGCCGUCAAGAAAGAAGAAGUACUGAGCGUUGUUCUGAAAGUCAUGGAAGAAAAUGCACCGCAAUGUAAGCCAGUCUUGACAAAAGAUGCUGAGGUUGCCUUAGUUGUAAGCAUCAUCGUCACCAACUGUUAUAUCGGCAUAGCUCCAUCAUACUUGGGAGUUUACAAGAAGUAUAACUUGAACGAGUUGGCUGCUCCUGCCAGUGCAGAUGUUCCUGGCAAUACUUCGAUAAAUGAUCCGGUGCAGAAGGACACCUCUGAUAAGGUCGUCGAGCAGGAGGGAUGCGUGGAGGGCGCAGAAGACUCCGCUCACGCUGGCAAUGAAAGCGAAAAAGCGAAUGCAGAAAAAGACGAUAGCAAGACAGUGGCAGAUGAAUGAUGAAUGUGAGAACCUCAUCAUUAACUCUCAUGGCAAUCUUCGUUUCUCAGUGUUAGCGAUCUCAUGUAUGACAUAUAUAUAGUGUCAAAGAAACAGAAUUAAACUUC